CCCACCACGGACGAUCUGAUGAUUGGACAUAUACCAUCAAACUUCGGAAGGAUGGCAGUCACAGUCUCUCAUUUUGACGGAUGGUAUGUUGCAAUAGAAAUGUUUACGUCACGCGUAGUACGAAAUAAGCACACUUAGAAUUUCAAAACAGCACGAAACAAUUGUACUCAGAAAAGAUGUACCGAGUUUCACUAUUUCUUCUUCAAUUUUGGCUGGCAUUUGUAAACGCUGACCAAGGUAACACGACGAAGUUGAAGUGUGUAUGUUCAGAAGAAUAUUGCCCCCCGAAUCAUGUCAACUACACUUGCGAGACACAUGGUAACUGCUUUAGCCAACUGAAGAUUGAUGAAGACACGUACGAAGAGGUGAAGAACUACGGCUGCCUGCCACCCGAACCAAGUGGAAAGGUUGCGAUUUUUCACUGCAAACGCAGCGAGGCACGUGAACUGGAAGAAAGGAACUCUGUUUCGUGUUGCCACGAGCGGGAUUUCUGCAACAGGCAUCUGAAACCAACGCUAAAACCAACACGAAAAUCAAAUGGUAAUGAGCUAAAUGAGGGCUCGUCCAAGGGAAUAACAAAUGUUAUCAUCGCUUUGGUUGUUUCUGUUUCAAUUUGCGUUGUUAUUUUUGUCGUCAUCAUUGUUUGUUAUUGGAGACAUGUCAAUUAUAAGAGAUAUGAAGAAGUAAAGAAGAACGGAUGGCACGUUGUAUCGAAUCAACAGACCAUUUUUCAGAUGCUUGAAGAAACAGGCGGAAGUGACUUUGGUUUACCCAAAUUGACACAGCGCACCAUAGCGAGACAGGUGCAGCAGACGAGACUCAUUGGUACCGGACAGUUCAGCCGUGUUUUUGAGGGUUUAUGGCGUAACAACAAGGUGACCGUGAGGAUCUACCAAUCAAGAGACGAGUUUGUCUGGCUAAAAGAAUGUAACUUUUACGAAAACAUGAGACGUCACGACAACAUUUUGGCUUUCAUUGCGUCUGAUCGUCUGGGCGCUCCGUCGGCCACUGAGCUCUACCUGAUUACGGAGUAUUGUGCUCAUGGAUCCCUGUUUGAGUAUCUUCGAUCCCAACAUGUCCUCAGCAAGAAAGACUUGCUUCGUAUGGCGGGCUCAAUUGCCACCGGUCUCGCUUAUCUUCACGUCGAAGUCAUGGGAACGUACAAGAAAUGUGCCAUUGCUCAUAGAAAUCUCACUUCGAAAGGCGUAUUUGUCAAGAAAGGUGGUAUAUGCGCCAUUGGACAUUUCGCUCUUGCCCUCAAAUCAUCGGAAGAAUGCACAGAGAAAGAUGUCAGUGCUAAUCCCAAGCAGCCAUCGAGGCGGUAUAUUGCCCCCGAGGUUUUGGAUGAGAGCAUAGUACCGGGUGAUUGCGCCCACGUCGCUCUCUUAAAAGCGGAUAUGUAUGCUCUCGGAUUGGUCUUGUGGGAGAUAGCAUUCAGGACGGAGUCCGAAGGAAUUCAAGAACCAAGUCAGUUGCCUUAUGAAGAUAUGGUGAGCGCCAAUCCUAGUGUUGAUGAAAUGAGAAAGGUUGUUUGUGUCGAGAAGCGAAGACCGCCAAUUCUGAAUCGUUGGUAUCGUGAUAAGGCUAUGCGACAAGUAAGCAAGCUAGUAGAGGAGUGCUGGAACCAUAAUCCAGAUGCCAGACUUCCUGUUUUACGUGUUCAGAAAACUUUGUGUAAAAUUGAAGAGACGUUGGUGAAGGAGAAAGCUAUUCAGGUGGUAUGAAUGAUCAUUCUAUAAACAAUACACCUCUGUGUAUGAUCAAACUCAUUCAUUUGUCCUCGAAAAGCUGGUUGACACGAGCGACAUAACGGCAUCUCAUUUUCUUACUAUUAUAUUGCAUAUUAAUACGGUUAUGUAACUGGCCGAAUCACAUGCAAGAAAUAUGUCUACAUACAAGAGAAUCGACCUACGUUGAAAACAUCUUGUGGUGUUAUGUCGUUGUGUUGGUUUGUGGAAACUAGGCUUACGGGACGAGAGAAUAGGAAAGUCCAUGUCUCUCAUCAGAUUUAUGGGUCAGACGUCCAAGGAGCUUGGAAAAGACGUUACAUCUUAUUGUUUGUAAAUACGACUCACGUGACCAAUGACGUGAAACUGAAUUGUUAAAAGCACGUUUUUGUGGUUUUCCUGUCAAUAGUUUCAUAUGUGUAGGAUAUUAUCCUAAUGUAAAUUUACUUGUUCUUAAGUGAGUGCGAGAGAGCACAUAUUGAUUACGUAUUUUUGUAUUGUGUGUACAUAACGUAUCUGUUAUAUAUAUAUAUAUAUAUAUAGAAGUAAUGUUUUAAUCGUAUGCGCUUCGUAGU